AGACUUGGUGUAGGAGAAAAUAGAACCGUCCAUCUGUCUCGAAAACCCGCCCUGCUGCCGACCCACACCCCCGGAGACCGUGGCCGGCGUACGGUCACAUGGUGAAGCCGAGCCCUUAAAAACUCCCCCCCCUCAAACCUGGACGCCCCAGACUCCAGUCAUCUUCUCGAGCGUGGGACACCAGCUGGUCUCGGGCGCUCGUUCCUGCUUUCUCUUCGGGCGGAAAGCCUCCGAGGUACAGUCAUGUCAGACACUGAGGAGAUCGUGGAGGAGUAUGAGGAGGAGGAGGAGGAGGAGGAAGAGGAGGGGGUGAACGAGGAAGAGGAGGAGGAGGAAGAGGAAGACGAGAGGAAAGAAGAGCACGAAGAAGAGUCCAAACCGCGGCCCAAGACGACAUACGUGCCAAAUAUCGCUCCUCCGAAGCUGCCCGACGGAGAGAAGGUGGAUUUCGACGACCUCCACCGCAAGAGGGUGGAAAAGGACUUCAACGACCUGCAGACACUGAUCGGGCUGCAUUUCUCCAACCGUCAGAAGGAGGAGGAGGAGCUGGUGGACCUGCGCAACCGCAUCGAACGCCGCCGCGCCGACAGGGCCGAGCAGCAGCGAGUGCGCACGGAGCAGGACCGCGAGCGGCAGGCGAGGCUGGCCGAGGAGCGGUCGAGGCGGGAGGAGGAGGCGGCCAAGCUCCGCGCCGAGGAGGAGGCCAAGAAGAAGAAGAUCUUCUCCAACAAGUCGUUCGGCGGCUACCUGCAGAAAGUGGACCAGAAGAAGGGCAAGAAGCUGACGGCCCGCGAGGAGAAGAAGAAGGCGCUGAUGGAGCGCAGGAAGCCGCUGAACAUCGACCACCUGAGCCAGGAGAAGCUGGCGGAGAAGGCGCAGGACCUCUGGGAGUGGCUCCACCAGCUGCACGCCGAGAAGUUCGAGCUCGCCGAGAAGCUCAAGAGGCAGAAGUACGACAUCUACGUGCUCCGGAACCGGGUCAGCGACCACCAGAGGGGCUCCAAGGCGUCCAAGACGUCCCGCGGGGCCAAGGGCAAGUCUGGAUCCUGGAAGUGAGGGCCAGAGUCUGGACGGCGUUGGGUGCUAAAGGACCAUUUGGUGUUUCAUGCUAACUUGUAUAAUAGAAGAUACCCAGAGACUGUAUUUAGCGUGAGGGGGACGGAAGAGGGUCCAAUAUAGUAAAUGAAACCAGUUAAUCUUGAAUGAUCUGUGUUGGUUCUGUUGAAAUAUUUACUAAAGAGUCACAAUGUGGUUGAAGAUUGUAUUAAAUAUGAAUGUGUGUUGGAGAUGUUUCACUGCUCCACCAGCUUCGUCUUUCAUUUGUUUCCUACUUCUCACAAGCCAUAGAUGUUUUUCUGUGAGUGUAAAAGUUGUUGGAGUUUGUGUCCAAAAUAAAACAAGACAAAACCUC